UGCUCUCCCCUCUUUAUGCCUCUUCCCCUCCCCUGGCAUUGCCUGGCCUUGGCUGACCAGCUGACUGAGGAGCAGAUCGCAGAAUUCAAGGAGGCCUUCUCCCUCUUCGACAAGGAUGGAGAUGGCACUAUCACCACCAAGGAGUUGGGGACAGUGAUGAGAUCCCUGGGACAGAACCCCACUGAAGCCGAGCUGCAGGACAUGAUCAAUGAGGUGGACGCGGAUGGGAACGGGACCAUUGACUUCCCGGAGUUCCUGACCAUGAUGGCCAGAAAGAUGAAGGAUACAGACAGUGAGGAGGAGAUCCGGGAGGCAUUCCGUGUCUUUGACAAGGAUGGCAACGGCUACAUCAGCGCCGCGGAGCUGCGCCACGUCAUGACGAACCUAGGGGAGAAGCUGACCGAUGAGGAAGUGGAUGAGAUGAUCAGAGAGGCCGACAUCGAUGGAGACGGCCAGGUCAAUUAUGAAGAGUUUGUACAGAUGAUGACUGCGAAGUGAAGGCCCCCGGGCAGCUGGUGAUGCCCGUCCUCUCAAUCUCUCUCUUCUCGCGCGCGCUCUCUCUUCAACACUCCCCUGCGUAUCCCGGUUCUAGCAAACACCAAUUGAUUGACUGAGAAUCUGAUAAAGCAACAAAAGAUUUGUCCCAAGCUGCAUGAUUGCUCUUUCUCUUCCUCCUGAGUCUCCUUCCAUGCCCCUCCCUUUCUUCCUUUUGCCCUCCCCCUGUUCCAUCCACAUCUUCCAAGGCCUGAUGCAUUCAUAAGAUGAGCCCCCUCCCCCUUAGGGGGGCCUCUCCUCUCCUCUUCCAGCCCGGGUGGCUCUCGUCUGUUUUGGUUUGUUUUCUUUCCUUUGUCAUCUUAUUUUGGGUGCCAGGGUGGCCGCCAGCCCUGUCCCAGGACCUGCUAGGGACGGGCCGAGGCUCUUGGCUGGGCAGAAGAGCACGCCUUUUGCUGUUGCAUGCAACCGGCCCUGCAAUUCCAUGUGCAGAUCCCAGCAGCCUGGGGCAGGGAUGCUGACAGAGGCAUUCCAGAAGGACUGAGGGUGGGGGGAGGUACCAGAGUUGUGGCGUUGACUGGAUGUGGCCCAGAAGGAGGUCAAGGGGCAAGGGAGUCUUGAAAGCUGGUGUUCUUUUACCACUUGAGGAGGCUGACUCAUAGAAAGGGCUGGGCAGAGUAGACAACACUCAGAUCCCAUUGGCUGCUCUUCUGAAACCAUCUGACUGGCUUCCUGAGAUUGGGCGCCAGGUGGGGGCUGCUCACUUGGCCCCUCUGCACAUGGGACAUCCCGUGUUCUUGAAGCGAUCUCCAGCUGCCCUGUAAAUACCUGGUGCUAACAUCCCAUGCCGCUUCCUUGUGAUGCCCCGCCCACCUGCAUUGAGGUCCCCUCCUCAGAAUGGACGUGGGGAUGGCUGCUUUGUAAUGUGCUGGUUAUCCUUUCCUUUUUUUUUUUUCCUUUAUGCCCCUUAAAACUUUAAUUUUGUCCGAAACCAUGCCGGGCUAGCUGAGGUGCGGGGAGAGGGAAGAUGCGCCCCACCACGCUCUCCAGAGAACACACCUGCAAUAAAACAGUCCUGUCAGCCAGCGGCCCCUGAGGACCGGCAGCUCUGCUCCCUGGCCGGCCGGCCCCUCCCGCUUCCCAUGGUGACUUGGCUGGCUCCCUCACAUCUGUGCUGUCUCUGUGCCUGCCUCCCCCCUCGCCCACCUGCCUGCCCCCACGCCCCCCAGCGGAGAGCAUGAUCCGUGACCUUGCUUCUGACUUUCGCCUCUGGGACAAGUAAGUCAAUGUGGGCAGUUUGGUCGUCUGGAUUUUUCUUUGUUUCGCCUUUUUCUGUUCAUCUGUCCCACCCACCCCCCCACCCCCACCCCCCUGGUUGAUCAAGUGGCUUUUCCUGGGACCUGCUCAGCUUUGGGAAUUUCUUCUCAUCCACCCUCUGGUGCCCAGCCUCCGGGGGAGGGAAGGGGAGGGAUGGGACAUAGUGGGAGACCCAGCCAAGAGCUGAGGGUAAGGGCAGGUAGGCGGGAGGCUGUGGAUGUUUUCGGAGUGUUUUGGUUUUGGUUUGGUUUUUUGUUUUUUGUUUUUAAACCGGGCAAUAUUGUGUUCAGUUCAAGCUGUGAAGAAAAAUAUAUAUCAAUGUUUUCCAAUAAAAUACAGUGACUACCUG